CCAGGGUGUUACAUCCUCCGUGUCAACUGAUGACACAAAUUAUUACGAGUCUCUGCUGGUAAAGUAAAACAAUGUUGAUAUUGCCAUGGUCAAUCGUUGUCAACGAAUAAAAUAGUCCAUUGCCUUGCCUCCAAGGUCAGUUAGACUAACCCGGUUGUGCUUCCAAAUUUAUUUUGAGGAGAUUUUAUACAUUCAUUCUUCUGGGGCCACCAAUGGUUUUCCCCGUGCACAACUAACUUAAUUUUGAUUGUUACCGACGCAGUUUGUAGAUUUCCCUGGAGGAAAGCUUUCCUUUGUUGGUGAAAUGAAUUUCCUGCCGGAGUCGCAAAGGGAAAGGAUCAAUUGUUACCGUGUUCUUGACGACGAUGGUGGGACUAUAUACAGCAGUAGAUUCCAAGAGGUCAGUAAGGAGUUGGCUCUGAAAAUGUACAGUAACAUGGUCACCCUCCAGAUUAUGGACACAAUCUUCUACGAAGCUCAGAGGCAGGGAAGAAUUUCCUUCUAUCUGACUUCCAAUGGUGAAGAAGCAAUCAACAUAGCCUCUGCUGCUGCGCUUAGUGCUCAAGACAUUGUACUACCUCAGUACAGGGAGCCCGGUGUUCUUCUAUGGCGUGGCUUCACACUGCAAGAAUUUGCAAACCAGUUGUUUGGGAACAAGCUGGAUUACGGUAAAGGCAGGCAGAUGCCAAUACAUUACGGAUCAAACCGUCUGAAUUAUUUCACAGUCUCAUCGCCUAUCGCCACUCAGCUCCCUCAAGCUGUUGGCGCUGCCUAUUCUCUCAAGAUGGACAAGAAGAAGGCAUGUGCCAUCACGUAUUUCGGCGAUGGUGGCACGAGCGAGGGAGACUUCCAUGCCGCGCUCAACUUCGCUGCUGUCACGGAAGCGCCAGUGAUCUUCUUCUGCCGCAACAAUGGCUGGGCAAUCAGCACCCCAACCGCCGAACAGUUCAGAAGUGAUGGAGUUGUUACCCGCGGUCAGGCCUACGGAAUACGCAGUAUCAGGGUAGACGGCAACGAUACUCUUGCUGUGUACAGUGCAGUCCACACCGCCCGGGAAAUGGCUAUAACUGAAGGAAGGCCUAUUUUAAUUGAGGCGAUGACCUACCGAGUCGGCCAUCACUCGACAUCCGACGAUUCAACCAAGUACAGGCCGGCUGAUGAGAUGGAGCAUUGGCGAACAGCGAGGGAUCCCGUCUCCAGGUACAGAAAAUGGGUUCAGGGGAAUGGAUGGUGGUGCGACACUCAAGAGUCUGAACUCAGGAACAAUGUGCGGCAAGAGCUCCUGCAAGCCAUUCAGGUGGCCGAGAGGAUGCCAAAACACGGGCUUGCGGACUUCCGGGGGAGCGGUCUGCUCCCGGGAUGCAGAGGCGUCCUCACAGUCAGCCAGAAAAGCUUUGAAUAG